UGUUAGAGUGGUAGCAAUGUUUGGAAGUGUGAUCCCCUAGGAUGUUGUUUACACAGUUGAGCUGCAGAGGACCCUCUUACAUAGAACCUAUGAGAGUAGGUUGUCAGUGAAACAAACUUACACAAUUUCAGAGAACCCUGAAGUACCAGCUGUUUAACCAAUAUAUUUCUUUAUUUAUAAAUAUGAACAGACAACCCAGAAUCUCUAAGAACUUAAGGAAAGUCAGCAGCAUGAAAAAGAAAAGGACAAAGAUGAGCAAAGAGAAUAACACACACCAGAAUAAAUGCAUAAUUUAGGGAAUAAAAGGAAUUUUUUAAAAAGAUUUGCAUCCAUAAAACAAUAAGAAAGGAAGUAUGAAGAAAGAUAAAGAGGAUAAGAACGAAUUAUUAGAAAUUGAAACUAUGAUUAAGAAAAAUUACCAGUUAACAGGUUGAAAAGUAAAGUAGAUAUAGCUGAAGAUAAAUUUGUUAUUUUGGAUGUGACAUUGAGGAAAUAUCCCUGAACAUUCAGCAGUAAGAUAAAAGGAUAAAAAAUAAGAGAAAAUGUUUGCAAUAUGAAUUAAGAGGCCUAAUACCUGACUAAUAAGAAUUUCAGAAGGAGUAAAUAGGAAAACAAAUUGCUUUAAAUAGUAGAACAUGUUUUCUAUCAGAAGAAAGAUACAGUCUUUUGAUUGAAUGGUUCUUCAUAUGCUGUGAAAGAUGAAUUUAAAAGUUGCUCAUGUCUACUCACAUCCUGGUGAAAUUUCAGAACGGAGUGUUCUGAACAUCAAUACAGAGUGGAAGAGCCUUAAGCUGAAGGUACAGUAUAUUAUUUACACUGAAGGAGCUUGUGUGUGGACAAGAAAGCGCUGACAACUCAAAUGGAUCCCAUGGAACUGAGAAAUGUCAACAUUGAGCCUGAUGAUGAGAGCAGCAGUGGAGAAAGUGUUCAAGAUAGCUACACCGGAAUGGGAAAUUCAGAGAAGGCAGCCAUGAGCAGUCAAUUUGCUAAUGAAGAUGCUGAAAGUCAAAAAUUCCUGACAAAUGGAUUUUUUGGGGAAAAAAAGCUGGCAGAUUACGACGAUGAACAUCAUCCAGGAACCACCUCCUUUGGAAUGUCUUCAUUCAACCUGAGUAAUGCCAUCAUGGGCAGCGGGAUCUUGGGUUUGUCCUAUGCCAUGGCUAACACAGGAAUUAUACUCUUCAUAAUCAUGCUGCUUGCAGUGGCAAUAUUGUCACUCUAUUCAGUUCACCUUUUAUUAAAGACAGCCAAGGAAGGAGGAUCUUUAAUUUAUGAAAAAUUAGGGGAAAAGGCAUUUGGAUGGCCUGGAAAAAUUGGAGCUUUUGUUUCUAUUACAAUGCAGAACAUCGGAGCAAUGUCAAGCUACCUCUUUAUCAUUAAAUAUGAACUACCUGAAGUAAUCAGAGCAUUCAUGGGACUUGAAGAAAAUACUGGAGAAUGGUACCUCAAUGGCAACUACCUCGUCAUAUUUGUGUCUGUUGGAAUUAUUCUUCCACUUUCUCUUCUUAAAAAUUUAGGUUACCUUGGUUAUACCAGUGGAUUUUCUCUUACCUGCAUGGUGUUUUUUGUCAGCGUGGUGAUUUACAAGAAAUUUCAAAUACCCUGCCCUCUGCCUGUUCUGGAUCACAGUGCUGGAAAUCUGACUUUCAACAACACGCUUCUGAUGCAUGUGGUGACGUUACCUAAUAACUCUGAGAGUACCGGUGUGAACUUCAUGAUGGAUUAUACCCACCGCAAUCCCACAGGGCUCGAUGAGAAGCAGGCAAAGGGCUCUCUUCAUGGCAGUGGUGUAGAGUACGAAGCCCAUAGUGAUGACAAGUGUCAACCCAAAUACUUUGUAUUCAAUUCCCGGACGGCCUAUGCAAUUCCUAUCCUAGCCUUUGCUUUCGUAUGCCACCCUGAGGUCCUUCCCAUCUACAGUGAGCUUAAAGAUCGGUCCCGGAGAAAGAUGCAAGCAGUGUCAAAUAUUUCCAUCACAGGGAUGCUUGUCAUGUACCUGCUGGCUGCCCUUUUUGGUUACCUAACCUUCUAUGGGGAAGUUGAAGAUGAAUUACUUCAUGCCUACAGCAAAGUAUAUACAUUUGACACCCCUCUUCUCAUGGUACGCCUGGCGGUUCUAGUGGCAGUAACACUAACUGUGCCCAUUGUCCUGUUCCCAAUUCGUACAUCAGUGAUCACCCUGUUAUUUCCCAAAAGACCCUUUAGCUGGAUAAGGCAUUUCCUGAUUGCAGCCAUACUUAUUGCACUUAAUAAUCUUCUGGUCAUCCUUGUGCCAACUAUAAAAUACAUCUUUGGAUUCAUUGGGGCUUCUUCGGCCACUAUGCUGAUUUUCAUUCUUCCAGCAGCUUUUUAUCUUCGAAUUGUCAAGAAAGAACCUCUUAGGUCACCCCAGAAAGUUGGGGCUUUAAUUUUCCUCGUGGUUGGAAUCAUCUUCAUGAUUGGAAGCAUGGCACUCAUUAUAAUUGACUGGAUUUACAAUCCUCCAAAUUCCAAGCAUCACUAACUAAAGGAAAAAUAUUUUCUUUCUAUUGGAAUGGUUGCAAGUUAUUCUCAAAAAGACAUCUGAGUCGUCUUGAUUGGAAUGUUAUUCAUAGGAAAUAACAAGAAGAUUCCAAAGAUGUUUACUAGUAAGAUCACCAGACACCUGCCGAAGAGAAGGAUCAUUGUUUUUGUCAAGAAUGGCUGUUUGUGUGUUUAAAAUCUGUGGUGCAUGUUUCUCCUGAGGUUUUACUAGAGCAGUAUGAGAUGAUAGAGGUGUAUUUUUGUUGCUGUACAAGCAGAGUAAGGGUAGCUGCAUAUAACAGUCACGGGAUACUAUGCUUUCCCCCUGCCUUCUCCCCAUCCCUACCCCCUAAAAGUACCAAAUACCUGUAAGCUAUCAGAACAUCAAACAAAAUGCCCUGGUGGCAAAGCUAUCUCCAUUUAAUGCCUUCCCCCAGUCUGGCACCAAAUACUCUGGGUCUGCUUUGUAACAGAGGCAAAAGUCAUGUCAUAUAAACUGUCCCUGGAAGGUAUAUGCAUAAUCACCAAUUUGGUCAUCUUAUUGUCAAGAGUGAAAGAAUAUUUUGCCCAUUCUGUUUGUGAUAGUGAAUUCAUGAUGAUUUCAUCUAGUGAAAUUUUGGUACAUGUUAAAAUAUCCUACUACAUAGAAAGGGGCUUUAUUUAAGUUAUAGAGCAACAACAAAAUUAACGCUUGUAGAUAAACUGCCUGCUCUGGAAGUAUCUGCUUUUCGAUGUUAUUUGUAGUCUUCUUGUCAUACUUUGUCAUUGAACAAUGCUCUCUCUCUCUGUCUUCCAUUCUCAUUCAGAAUUUUUAGAAGACCACGAUUUAUGUGGAGAUACACUACCCAGUAUUGUUUGAUACAUUUUUAUUUGAUAAACAUUCAGUGCAGGAAACUGUGACUUGCUAUGUUUAUGUAUAUAAUCUUAUUCUGCAGUCAUCAGAAUAUUAACAUAUGCUACAUUUGAUUUUUGUUUUUUACACGUUUAGUUUCUUUCUUCACAGUCAAAACAUUUAUAUUAUUGGGGCUGGGGUAAGGAAUUAAGUUGGAAGGCUCAAAAAUCCAUUUGUAUGUAUCUGUCUAUUAAGGAUUUUUAAAUUUGAAACCUAAGUUAUGUAUAGUUCACUAAUGCUCUUCUUCAAUGUUUACAAUAACAUCAUAAUCAUCUAUAAGACAAUAAGUUCCUUAUUUGCAAAUUAUGUCAAUACUAAGGUUGUUCUUUUAAUAUAUCAUAUCCAAAAUGGGAUUUGGUUUUAGCUUUCAUGGAUGUUUACUGACAUUCAUUUGUCACUUAAUAAAAUGUUGAGUGGUUCUCCAAAAAAUGAAAUGUGUUAAUACUAUCAAUAAAUGCAAACUGUCAUUCUUGCUCUCUUCUAAAACAUAUUUACGUGAAAAUGGAUUUUAAAAAUUACUAUUCACUGCCCAGAAUUUUGGAAAUUUUCUACUUCUUUUCAAAUCAGUAGUAAGAAUACUUGUAUAUUUUAGCAAAGCCAAGUAUAAAUGUCACAAUAUACGAUGAUGAUAAAUCAUAUUUCCAUAUUGUUCUCUGAAUAUGCCCAAUAAAAUAAAUAUUUAUUUUCUGUAUUAUUUUCUAAAGGCAUAAUACUAUUAAAUGGUGCACUUUGUUAUGGAAAUUGAGCAUUACUAGAAACUGUCAUAACUUUUGAGUUACUAUUAUUUAGGAAAAAAAAACUUCCAAGUAGCAUCUUUAAGAUGUAUUUUCAUUUUUUUUAUCUAAAGAGUGUAUCAAAAUAGAAAGUGAAAAAAGCUAUCUUCUGAAUGUUAAAAACUGUUUAACCUGAGUGUAUGUAAGUGUAAAUAUCAGAAAUUAAUCCAAAAAAUUGGAAACUGUAAAAUCUGUAUAUAUUUUGAACGUUUUACAUUUAGAAUGACUAACUUGAAAAUAUCAAUGUGUAAUUAUAUAAAUAUUCAAGAGCAAUACUACAGUGCCAAAUAAUAAAGUACCAUUUUUUCUCAUGGCCAUUUUCAGGAUUAGAGUUCACAUAUACUGCAGGGCAGACAUACAUAUGGUAUCUUGUGCUGAUUAAUUUAACCCCAUUUGUAAACAGAUAAAAAUUUAUUUUCUUAUUUCAUUUAUAAGAUGGUUCAAUGUAUUGGGAGGCUUUUUUAUUACAGAAAGUGUAUAUUGGUAUAUAAUAAAUGAUUUUUCAAAUGAC